AUGAUCUCAACUGUCGCCACUUUCCACGACCGGAAAGUUACUGAAAGUUCGAAAAAUGUUUGGUCGACCUUCACCACACCUGUCACUGUUCAGGCAGACGAAUCCGUUAACCCUUCGCCUCGCGAUACCUCACGUCGACAAAGCAUCGAGGAUGCCAUAGUCGACAACCAGGACGUUGAAGUUGAAGACUCGGAACUCAAGCUACCGAAGUUAACGUCUUUGAUCAUCGUUAUUUUGGGCAACUCCUUGCUUCAGGCAUGUCAAUGUUUUCUCAUCGUUUCAUCCGCCAGCGCGUAUGCUGAGCAUCUAGGAGGAACUGCGACUUUCUCUGGGCUCGUCAUCGGAAUUCCUACUUUGUUUUCUGGAAUUGCGUUGUUGCCUAUGACCAAGACAGAUAAAGGAAAAUACGCUCGUCCCCUUAUGUUUUCGUACGCGUCCAUGGGCCUGGGAAGCAUCCUGUAUGCCCUGGCGUAUCGCGCAAAUUUCCUUUACCUCAUCCUCAUUGGUCGCAUCGUCACUGGCUUCGGUUUUACGGCGUUUAUGUACUCCAAACGUUACUGCUCUGACCCACGGAUUGUUGGUGUGCGUCGUCGCACGAUGCUUGCUAGCUGGCUAGUAAUCGGGGCAGGCUUUGGGUUCAGUGCCGGCCCGUUCUUCAGUGGUCUCCUCUACAAAAUCGGAUUCAGCAACAGCGUUUUUAACGGAUAUACGAGUCCAGGAUGGAUUAUGGCUGUCAUAUGGGCUGCGUUCGGUGUCGCAGCACACUUCCUGUUCGAGGAUGUACAUGGCCCCAUUCGACCGCAACGUAUCACCCAGCUCAGCAACAUCUCGUCGCAACCACAUGCUGCUGCGCCCGCCCAAGAGCAACGGCGACCAACGCGUCAGCAAUGGGGACCGAUCAUCGCCAUGUGUUGGUAUGCCAUGACAUGUUUCUUCAUCCUCGGUGCUUGGGAGGCCAACAUACCUGUUUUCGCUGGUGUUCGCUUCGGAUAUUCGCCCUACGCAUCAGGGAACCUCAUUGCCAUCGGUGGGGUUGCCGCCCUGCCCUUCCUGAUCCUCAACGUAAUCUACGCCAAAAGGUUCCAGGAUCGCACAGUUCUUGCUCUAGGCUCAUUCAUAGGUCUUCUUGGGCUCUUGAUCAUGCUCGCAACACUCCACCUCGGUAAAGUGGUUCCCGCCAGCCUGUGCGUCUGCUGGUUCUUGGUCGCGUUAGGAUUCAACCUCGCUACUACUUGUACUUUGAGCCUGCUGUCCAAACAGCUACCACCGUCGUGGAAUGGCUGGAUUAGCAUGGCCAUCCAGUAUAGCAACUAUACGGGACGAGUUACGGGUGCCGUUUGGGGUGGUGCUGGUGUGCAGGUAGGGAUGAAGAACUUUAUUGGGCUGCAAAUUGCAAUUGUUGGCAUCGGGAAACUCUUACACUUCACGUUGUGGAAGCAGUUGAAAGCGAAAACUGGGUAG